AAAGUGCUGCACCCACCCAGAAAGACCCACCCAAUGUAUAUGCAUUAAGUGGUUUUGGGGGGGCUCAGUGGCUUUAAAUACUGCUUGUGCCCUUAUAGAAACAUAUUCACAAGUCAGUAAAAGCAAGACAGCAAAAUGGUCGUGUGGGCAGACUCUGAGUGUGCCGCCAUCAAAGACAUCUUUGGAAGGCCAGAUAUCGAAGCUGUGGGUUCAGCCGCUCUCUCCAGAUGUCUGGUUGUCUACCCCUGGACACAGAGAUAUUUUGGGAAAUUUGGAAACCUUUACAAUGCUGCUGCUAUCAUAACAAACCCAAAGGUAGCUGAUCAUGGAAAAACUGUCAUACGGGGUCUGAUCAAGGGAGUGCAGGAUCUGGACAAGAUCAAGGAGACCUACAAAGAGUUGAGCAUACUGCACUCUGAGAAACUGAACGUGGAGCCUGUUAAUUUCUGGCUGCUGUCUGACUGUGUGACCAUUGUGCUUGCUGGACAGAUGGGUAGUGCUUUCACUCCUGAGGUUCAUGCAGCUCUUCAGAAGUUCUUGGCGGUGGCGGUGUCCGCUUUGAUGAAACAGUACCAGUAGAGAGCCCCACCAUAACCCAAUCCAGAUGACUUGGUGUAUCUUUGUUUGAUCAGUUUGCAAUAAAGAACCUGAA